ACUCUUCAGUCUUCGACUGACUUUUGUUGUGAUCAGACUUUUCUGAGCCGACCAGAACAAGUCCUCUCUCUCGCGGCCAAUCGAUUUUCAAAGGAAAAGCAAAAGAAUAAGAAGAAAAAUUGAGGCAAAAAGUUAGUGAUUUUUGCCAAAAAAGCAUUCGAAAUAGUCGAUUCCCUGUGCACUGUCUGCGCGUUUCUUUUCGUUCGUUGGGUUCUUUCGUUGGUCCCAAUUCGUUUGUCCUAUUUUUCGCGUCCGUUUGAGCCAUUUUCGAGUCGGAUCUGGAUCCGGUCUAAAAUCGCGGAUGAAAAAUUUGCAAUCUCCGUCUGGGUGAAAAUUUUCCAAGGUGUUUCGUGAGUGGUGGUGAUAAAGUGGAAAAUUUAUUCCGGAAGUUUUUUUUUUAUUUGCUGCUCUCCUGCUCGGUUGUCGAUUAUCGUCGUCGGCGAUCCUUCUCGGGACCGGUUUUCUGUGGGAAUCAUCUUCUGCUGGUGGAAUAGUUUUCUCGUUUGAGGCGGAACCGCGUACCGGAAGAACACUGGAAGAAUGGCGGAGAAUGAAGAUUUAAGUAAUAGUAGUAGUAGUAGUAGCAGCAGGGAGGAUAUGCACUUUUUCGAAGGAGUCGAGAAGCUGUUGGAGAUCUGGUUCGAACCGAAUCCAUCCAACAAAAAUGCCGAUCUGAGGAAAAUUCCCAGACCCAUGUGGGACGCACUGUUGAAAACAGUGCGAUGCGAGAUCAUCAGUUUCACCAGAAACGAGCAAAUCGAUGCUUAUGUGCUUAGCGAAAGCAGCAUGUUCGUAUCGAAGCGCCGUUGGAUUCUGAAGACGUGCGGCACCACGACGCCGCUGCAGUGUUUGGAACCGCUGCUACGUCUCGCAUCGGAGAUUGCCGGCUACGGCGAGAUAGAGGAUUUGUUCUACUCGCGCAAGAACUUCAAGCGGCCGGAAAUGCAGGUCUCCCCCCAUCGCGGGUUCGAGGAGGAAGUCGCCUUCCUGGAUUCAUUUUUCGAAGAUGGACGCGCCUAUAGUCUGGGUGCGAUUAAUCGUGACUGCUGGCAUCUCUACACUUUGAGCCGCGGGGGAGGGGGCUCCGCUAACAAACAAAUGCUGAACAACUUUACCAAUAACAACAACAACAAUCACAACAUUAACCAUCAUCAUCAUCAUAACAUGAGCAACAACGGUCAUGCUCAGCAGCUGCAAACAACGCAGUCGGCCAAGAUGAAUCUGAUUGAAUCUCUGCAGUUACCUGAUCCGGAUCAGACCAUCGAGAUACUGAUGACCGAUCUGGACCCGAAAGUGAUGGCUGUCUUUACCAAAGAUGUGUGCCGCACGGCCCUGGAGGCCACGCAGAGAUCGGGCAUCCAUAAGCUUAUUCCCGGGAUGGUAAUCGACGACUACUUGUUCGAUCCAUGUGGAUAUUCCAUGAAUGGAGUUUCCAAGAGUUGUGGAAAAAAAUAUAAAGAGGGAUGCUACAUGACGAUCCACAUAACUCCGGAGCCCGAUUUCUCGUACGUUAGCUUCGAAAGCAAUGUCGCAUCCUCCAGCUAUGGGGAUUUGAUUGCACGCGUGAUUGAUACGUUCCAACCGGGGAAGUUUAUCGUGACCGUUUUCGCCAACAAGACUUCGCCGGCAGCGAAUGUAUCCCGUGAGCUUGAACACCUGGGCACCAUCGAUCAAUGGAAGCGCCGCGAUAUCCAGUUCUCGCGGUUCCCGACCUACGAUCUAACUUACGCUCAGUACUGCAAAUACCCAAGCUGAGGUUUACCGUGCCUAGCCCUCGAAGGGGCUAACCCUGCUUCCCCGCUUCCUUCCCCUCCCGUUCCCACUUCCCCUCCCUCUUCCAAGCAGAAUGUUUUCAUUAUCCGUCCCUCUCCCUUCUCCUCCCUGUCCUCUUCGGUGGCUUUGUUCCGUUUGUUCUUCAACAUCUUUCCGGUGCUGACUUCGCUAAGUUUUGCCAAAAACUUUUUCCUCUUUGGCGUUGCUGAUGAGGAGGCAUACCACAAGAGCAAGCUCAUCAUCAAUAAUAACAACAAUAUUAACGCCAUGAAUCAGCUCAAUGAUAAUGGAAAAGUGAUCAAAGACAACAUUGAAACAUCCGGCAUGGCCUACUUUCAGCAAAUGAACGAUAAAAAUGACGAUCAUUUGGUGAAGCUGUGCGGACAGUUGAAGAAACUGCUGGAUCUACCGGCUGUCCUUUUCUCUAUAAUACUAAUCCAGUUGAUAUCGUUUGUGCUUGUGCUGAACAUCGAAGAAUGCUCGCCGCUAGUUUUAUUCUCCUGGUGGCGCAACAAGAUCUCCUGAAAUUGACUACCACGCGGCAAACGAGCGGCAAGCUGUUGCUUCCUUCCGUUCUGAUGCCUUUCUCGAUUUCCACAUUUACCGUUAUUAUUAUCGCUCUGAUAAUAACAAAUUACCGAUCAUCGCACGUUUCCGUUGUUUCGCACUGCGAAAGCGGAGCAAAGCUUCUCUAGAUGAUUUCUUCAGUCGAUACCACUGCGGCGACGAUGUUUGGUUCGGUCAACUACUGUUAGCAACCAUCGCAGUAGUCGUUGUAAUGGCUCUAUGCGAUGCGCUGCGGUCACAAUCUCAGUCAGCUUUUGUUCCGAUCAAUUUCAGUAACAUCCUUAGCGUCGCCUACUACGACAAACAGAAUGCUUGGAAGGAGAACUCGAAGAAGAAAUACAAAGAUUUACAAGCAAUUUACAGCAACAGCCGGUGGUGGAGCAUGUUCUCUCUGGAUCAAUUUAUCUACAAUCAACAACAGCAUAAGCAGCUAGUAGAUCUAGUAGUCGUUCGAUGUAACCAGCACCACCGAGAGAUCCACCACCCAGAUAGCACACAUUUUAAAAUCCUAUACAAUACAAUCGCUAUUGAAGGCAACCAGUUAAUCAAUGUUGUAGAUUUCACUUUUAUCAACAGCUGCAAUACUCUAAUUGUGCAGAUUAAGAAGAUUCUCGUUGACAGUAUAAUAUUCGCCUAUCUAAUAUCAUUGAAUUUGUAUUCGUAGCACAAGUGAACAAUUCAGAUUAAAAAAUCAGCACAUGAAAUUACAAAACACUACACAAACGUAGAACAAACAUAUACCUAUUACGAGAACAUUUGAACAACAAAGAAUACAAAGUAUUUUAACAACAAAAACAACCAGAUUUAACUGUAAUAAAGCAGAAGAUUCAACUGUCAUAGUAUUUUAUAUCCCAAUUUCCUUACUGUCAAACAUCCUAAAUGAAAACGUCUCACCUAAAUUCCCCUAAAACACAAAACAUAUAUAUACAUAUGCGUCCCAAAUGACGUUAAAAUAACUUAAAACAUGAUGAAUUUUUCAAGACACAUUAAAUGUACCCACAAAUAAAAGCAAGAAAGCUGAAAAGCCAACUAAACAUAAAAACUAAGUUUAUUAAAUAAAAUAAUACAAUUACCAAAACUAGUGUUGGGUCUCGCAGUGCCUGCCACAACGACUGGCAGAAGGCUGCUCUGCGAGGCGAGAUUAAACAACUAGCAAAAAUAAUGACAUACCCAGCAAGAAGGUAUAAUAUUAAGAUAGUUCUAAACAAACAACUACAUUGUCAAGAUUGAUGAAACGUAAAAAAAACACUGAAGAAGGUUUUAACAUUGAUUGAAUAUCGCAAGCUCAUUGAUAUUUCCUUACACAGUAAUACACUGAGAAAACAACAACAGAUAAAACAAGGUUAACUAUAAUGGUUGAAAUAGUUACCAAGACUAUUUCCAAACUAGGCAGUAGGUUCAAUGGUUCUUAAACCUAAUGUAGGCUAUGAGUUUUGGAGAGAAGAAAAAUACGCGUAAAGCGUUGAAUGCAUAUACCUAUAUUUUUCGACAGCGCAAUUGGUUUGGAGGAGAAAACCGACUUACUGGAGCAAUAUAUAGCUAGGAUUGGAAAUAAACUGAAAAGUUGAUGGCUAGGUUUAUUAUUAUCGUUAACAAUGAGUUUGAUGUCAUUUCCGCACAAGAACAAAACUAAAAAAGCCGGAAAAAGUGCGCUUCAAUUUACUUUCUAAUUCCGUUAGGAUAGAAUAUUUUUUUACUAAUUUCAACUAGUUUUAAACAUAUUGAACUUUAUACUUUCUAGCUCUACUACAUUUGCGAAAUAGAUUACCUUAGACUUCCAUUAGGUGGUAUCUGGGAAA